UAAUAACUAAUUCUCACAGUCAUUAGCAGUCGGAAUUCAUAACGUUUAUGUCAUUUGUCACGUAUCAGCUAUCAGAGCUGUUUGUUUCCUCGUUUAGAUUUUUUUUUAAAUUUCAAAUUUUCUUUCGAAAUUACAAUGGGUUAUAAAUUAAAUAAAUUUUUUUUAGUUUCAUUAUUUAUAAUAAAUAUUAUUUAUAUGGAAUUACAUUUUGCCAACGCGAAAAAACGAUAUUCACCACGACAGUUUGAGGAUGAUGAGCAACUUUGGCGUGAAUUUGAAGAAUUCAAAGAAUUUAAGGAUUUCAAAGAGUGGAGAAAAUUUAAAAAAAUAAAUAAUAAUUAUAAACAGGAUAAAAAUAAUUAUUAUACUGAUGAGUCAAGGAGAGAAAGUAUCGAUUAUGAUGGAUCAAGUUUGAAAGACGUAAAUAAUUCACCUGGUGAUGUUCCUCCGGAUGAUCAUCCGGCUUUGGUAGGCCGGUAUGUCGUAAAUCAGUCAAAUUGGACAUCCGUUGCUACUAUCAGUAGACAACAGGGAAUAAAUUCAUUUCCUUUUGCUAAUGUCGUCGCUUUGAGUGAUGGACCUCGGGGUAAUGGAUCUGGAGUUCCUUAUAUGUUUCUUACACCUUUGGAUUUUACGUCAAAAGAUCUUAAAGAAGACCCACGUGCAACGCUCAUGGUGACCUUGGCUCAAGGUUCUUAUUGUACUCAGAAAGACAUGGAACCAAUAGACCCAAGAUGCGCGCGUACUAUUUUGAGCGGGAAAGUUCAAAAAAUUGAUCCAAAGAGCUCGGAAUUUCUUGUUGCGCAGAACGCGAUUUACGAACGUCAUCCAAGUUUGCGCUACAUGCCAACAGAUCACGACUUUUACUUUGCGAAAUUGAAGAUAUUCUUUAUCGCGGUGCUCGAUAUGUUUGGAGGUGCGAAAUUUGUGUCAGUAAAAGAUUAUUUUAAUCCGCCGCCUCUGUCACCUGGGCGCAAUAAUCAUGAAAGUUAUGAUUAUCAAGUGCCAUCUGUUAAUCAGCUUUAAUUAUUAUUAUUAUAUUUGUAAUUAAUGUUUAUUACUGAAUGAUUAAUUUCAUUGUUUUAAAUCAAAACUAAGAAUAUUUUUAUACUAUUAAAUUCAUGCUCAUAAGUAAAGUAAUUAAAUAUUUUUUUCGUUAUCUAUUUAAUUAAAUUCUUGAUUUUAUUGGUGAUUAUUUUAAAAAGUGCAAUCAAGAGAACGAGCACAUUAAUGAUGAAAUUUAAUGUAUACUUUACGACAUAAUAAAAAUUAUUUUUU